AAUGAUGUUAUGUUCUCCCCUUAAACCUCGUGUUCAUCCAGCCGGCUUUGAUCAUGUCAUCUCGACAUCCCUUCCCAGUUCCGGGAUCAAGAAGCCGACGACCAGUUUGCCGAAGUGCUGGCUGUAUUCAAGGGGUCAGGUCUAACAAUCUGACCAAAGACGAGAUAAUAUGCUCUGUUGUCUUCGCUAAAAGAACGAGCAGGUAGCCUCCUAUUUCGAAACUGACGCGCCAUUGAUACCACGACGGCAAGGUAGGAAGCGCCCAGCAGAUCCGCCAUGAUAUUCCCGCGCCAACACCCCCUGGGCUCGAGAGAAACGACACUUUCCCUCCCAAGCAUCGUGGCUGUUGCCCUGCCUUGUGCUCUUACCUUCAUCUGCGGCAUUGGCGUCUUCAUCCUCUGGCUGUUGCGUCGCCGGGCAGCGCACCGUCCAAGGGCCCUUCACGAAGACGGUGUAAUUAGCGUGGAGCAAGGCGACUCGCCCGCCAAAGCCAGCAAAACGCGAUCGACGCUGCAGAGACUGUGUUCUGUGGCAAUACGGUCGGUGCCCAAGCCGCAGUCCAAAGACGACGACAACGUUCUGCCACUCCGUCACAGAUCGUUCCCUGCCUUCCCCAGCGUGUUCAAGGGCCUUAAUCGCCGUCAGUCAUGCAAGUGGCCAUCACGGGACCGAGACAUGAGCAUAAAGACAUGCCGAGAGAAGCCAUCUUGGAUUGACGAGGACGCUCUCCAUGGGCCAAGGGUGAGCGGGUUUCCGACUUCCGCGGAGGGGAGAACAAGGGCUCGCGGUUCGUGGCCGAUGGUGAACCAGGCACCUGCGCUACCUAGGCUGCACUACUCAGUCUAUGGUUAUCCAACGGCUGAAUGGCCCGGUGAGGAGGCCAUUUGGGAAGGCUUCAAAACAGGGUUGGGUCAUGGCCAGGUUCACGCAGGCACGAGAGAGCUCCCGGAACCACCUAGGCCAGCCCUUCCCGCCAACAGGGGACGGCAUGAUAUCUCUAGGAUAUCAAAACCCCGCCCUAGCCCUGCUGGGAGCCCUACCAGGGCUCCGCCCAAGACGCCGUCAAGAUCGAGUGCCAGGCCCCGGUCGACUGACUCAAGCCUUAGAGAAAUACUGAGGUCGACCGAGAAACGGCUGCGCGAAGGCACCGUCUGUGGGACUGCCAGAAGCAUUGGGCUCACAGAGUCACCUUCCGCGAUCUCCAAGCUUCGACACUCCAAGGUCUCCGUACCGUCGUCUAGGACGCCAAGUCCAAGAAAGACCGGCCCUGGCAAUCGAGGCACUCCCGGUCACAGGAUACGGAGCUCAGGCAACCCGGUUCCUUCGGUAACGGGCAGUCUUGUCGGCGGCGAAUGCGGGAUUCCAGAUGGUCCAUCGGUACCCACCAGCCCCAGCGGUAAUCAGAGGAAACAGGGGGAAGCAGAGCAACAUACGUCCCAAAUCCGUUCGGUGCGUAGCUCAGUGUCCUCUGAGCUGUCCACCCUGUAUAGCGAGGACGAGAUGCCCGAAGAAGUCAGGAGGGCUAUCAUGCCGUUGGCUGGCCUCGUUGUACAAUCACAACAGGCUGCGGACGUGCUAGGCAUGAACGACCCAUUUGUAUCGGCUCCUUCGCAGUCUCCAGCUUGUCGGGCAUCAAUCAACCAGGGAUGGCCGGCAAAACAGCACAAGGCUCAAGACUUAUUCCGGCAAAGCCUAGAACGCUCGAGGUAUCUCCGCAGAAUGACACUGGGCCACCCACCUGCACAGCCGGUACAAGAGCUCGUCCUGGCACCGCGGCCGCUGACGUUGACUGCAAAGCCCACCAUCAAUGCCAUCGACCAGGGUUCAUCCCGCAGAUGCUCCAUGACAGAGCCCGGCUCCAUACAGCCAUGCAUAGGCAGUUACGCUCCAUCAUCAAAGACUGAUGAGCCGCCGCCGAUUCGGGACACCCAGACAUUCUCGCCCCACAACAACUUGAACGGGCAGGCCUCCCCGCAUGCGACCAAGAUAAGCACGCCGAGUGCAACCCCGGCGCUACCCCAGCCAACAGCGACAGAUUAUCUAUCCAUUUUCCGGGAGCAAAGACGCAAGACCAUCUCGUUGGUGAAGCCCGAAAUGCGGAUGGCAGACGACCAGCGGAGUAAAGGUCGUUCCACGACUCUGAUCCCUCCAUCUGUAGAUGGGCUAUCAUUCCCAUCCCGAUCGGGAAGCGAAAACAGGCGGGCUCCGCUCGUCUUCCCCCUGAACCAGCAUCAGCAGCAAGGUCAGCAACACCAACUGAACCAAAACCGCCAGAGCAUCUCCUCUUCAGUAUACUCCCAGGACCUUCCAAACAAUCCCUCAAACCCAGUUGCAGACCUUGAACACGCUGGCUUCCACGAAAAUUCCCUCCCCUUCCCGUCCCCGUACCCAGCACCCCUUUCUGUACCGGAAGCGCACGCCAACAGCAGCAGCAGCAGCAGCAGCUCGAAAACAUUGGCGGUGGCGACGCGUGAUUCCGUCCCCACGGGGACACCGACCAUCCUCACCGUGAUCGGCGAGGAGGAUAGUCACAAAGACAAGCCCGACGGCGACUGCAAUGGUAAAGCGAAAAAUGAGUGUCAGAAUCAGGAUCAGAACGGAAGCAACACCACCAACAAGAAUAAGACCCUGGCAGUCCCUGUCCCGGUCCUCUCAACCAUCGCCUCACUCCGGCGCAUGAACAGCUCGAUCAGUACGUGUAGCAGCACGGCCACGGCCACCACCGCAGCCACCUUAAUCUCCAGCCAGCGCAGCGCUAGCAGUACUAGCGACAGCAGUAGUAACAGCAUCAGUUCCGAAGCGGGGAAAUUCCCGAUCUCGAUCCCAAUCCAGCCUCAACUCCCACCCCCACCCUUGCCACAAAGGAGCGACCAGAGGGAGACCACCACCGCCACCACCAUUACUACUACUGCUACUAGGAGUAAUAGUACCAUCGGAGCGAAGAACUACUUUGCCCUCGGCAGCGGCGGCGGCGGCGGCGGUGUUGCUGGUGUGAGCCCUGGCACUGCCAAGCAGAACAACAACAAAAGGAACUCAAUCCCCACCACCCCCAGACCGGCCAGCUGGGUCGGAACUGGCGGUAUUGCCACUAGUACCAGUCCUGUAAGCCCCGAGUCGUCACCGCUCAAGAGGCGACGGGCGGUGGGGGGCGUCAUGCAUCCGAUUCCAAACCAGCAGCGCCAUCACCACCCCCACCACCACCACCACCGUAGGCCGGCAAGUGCCGUGCUGACUAGGGCGGGGCCGCUGGCAUCGUCCUUUGCCGGGCCCGAGCUUGGGUACUUUAGGGCGUCGGCGGAUGGGGAGGGGAAAGAGAAUAGUACUGGUCUCAGCACUAGUGACAAGAAUGAGGGUGCUGCAGAUAAGUUUAAGCCGGUGACGGGGGAAUUUACUUUUGAGGCGGGCUGCGGCGGCGGCGAUGACGGGAAGGGGAUCAAAACUGAGGACUGGGGGGAGAGUCCUUCAAAGAUAAGCCUGAAGAGCGUGGACAGCCUGGGGCUGUAUGACCGGGAUGGGUUUCUGAUCGCGUCGUCGCCGGUCAGAGUGGCCAGUCCCGGGUCGAGAGUGUGAUGGGUUCAGUACUUUGGAGUUCAUGGUUGCGGGUUUGUUGGUCAUUGUGCUUGGUUUUUCUUGUCUUUUCGACAUGUUGUUUGAUUUCCGUUUUAUGUAUUGUGAAAGUUGGACGAUUCCCAGAUGUUUAGCGAUUACAGUAAUGUAU